AUGAUAUCGAGAAUCUACUGUCGUUUGAACCAUUCAAAGUCCUCGCUCUUGUUGGGAUCGCCACUCAUUGCUCAAAGGUUCUCAGCCCAACAGCAACAGUUCUCAUCGGCAACAGGUGACCAACAACAACAACAGCAGGAGAAAAAGCAGGAGCAACAGGAGGAGAAGAAGCAGGAGCAAACACAACAGGAUCAGAAGCAAGAUCAGAAACAAGACCAGAAACAAGGAACCAAUGAAAGAUUCAACAGAGCAAAGAACAUCAUCACAUCAAUAUCAGCUGUGUUUAUGGGUUCGACCAUUAUCUUUUCUACCACUGGAUACGCUCUAUAUCAAUACAAGAAGGGCAUCAGCCAAGAAGAGAAGAACAAGCUGACAGACAAUGAGAAAUGGAUCUAUGACAGCUAUGCUCAACCAUUCAGAGAAUACUUUGAUUCAACUUUCCAGAGUCUCAGGAAAUAUAAUGCAUUCGAGGCACUGUUUGGUCCAGCGGAAAUCCAUCCAGUACUCCCAGAACCACUACCAAAAGGUACUGGCAAGGACUAUACAUUGAUCAUUGAUCUCAAUGCCAUAACUGAGAUUACACGUGACAAACAAACACACAUGUUCAAGAGAGCCGGUUUGGACUACUUCCUCGCCAACCUGUCAACACAAUACGAAAUCUUCUUGUAUUCUCCUGAUUUCCCAUCAGUUAAAUCAGAACAACUCUUUGUUAAGCUGGAUCCAGCCAACGCAUACUUCUCUGGUCAAUUGUACUUUGAUUCUGGACUCAAGGAGAAGGGCAAGUUCACUUCAACCUUUGCCAAGCUCAAUAGAGAUCCAUCCAAAGUGAUAUUCAUCGAGAGUGCUGCAGACUAUGAGCACUCCAACGUCAUCAACAUUGGUCGCUUCCGUCCGACUCAAAAGGAUACAUCUUUGAUCAAGUUGGUCCCUGUUCUCACUGACAUUGGUCAACGAAAGUCAGAAGACGUGCGCAAGGAUAUUGUUGUACUACAGGACAAAUCCAAGGAUAUGAACACCAGACUAGAUGAGUACAUGGCUGCUCAUCCAGCACCUGUCACUCCCGCCACCUCUGGCAGGAAAGCUACCCAACAGAAAAAGUGA